UUCCCGAGCUGUGUUUCAAUUUCCUUUUGAGCAAGUGCUUUCCUGCACUGAUCACAUUUUUUAGAGGAAGAGAAUUUGACUUAGUGUGUGCACCGUCAGCUAUCAAAUGUACUCCUAAAAGAUCCUCAAAAUGAGAUUUCCGGGGGAGAUCGUUUGGCUUAUAUUGUGGACUGUUUGUGUGGCUGAAGAUUGCAAAGGACCUCCUCCAAGAAAACAGACUGAAGUUUUGUCUGGUGCCUGGCCUGAACAAACAUAUCCAGAGGGCACGCAGGCUACAUAUAAAUGCCGACCUGGAUUUAGAACUCUUGGAGCUAUUAUAAUGGAAUGCAGGAAUGGAGAAUGGGAGUCUCUUAAUCCAUUGAGGAUAUGUCGGGAAAGGCCCUGUGGACAUCCUGGAGAUACUCCUUUUGGUUCUUUUCAUCUUGAAAGAAGAAAUGAGUUUGUAUAUGGUGCAAAGGUUGUUUACACAUGUGAUGAGGGGUAUCAGUUGCUAGGUAGGAUUAAUUUCCGUGAGUGUGAACCAGAUGGAUGGACCAAUGAUAUUCCUCUUUGUGAAGUUGUUAAGUGUUCACCGGUGACAGAACCAGAGAAUGGGAGACUUACCAGUACUGCCGUGGAACUAGACCAAGACCAUACUUUUGGACAAGUAGUACGAUUUCAGUGUAAUUCAGGCUUCAAGCUUGAUGGGCCUGCAGAAAUCCAUUGCUCAGCAAAUGGUGUUUGGAGUGAAGAAGCACCGAAAUGUGUGGAAAUUUCCUGCCAAGAGCCAGAAAUUGUAAAUGGACAGUCUACAUCUCAGAAGAAAACUUACAGAGAAAAUGAACGACUUCAAUAUAAAUGUAACAAAGGUUAUGAAUACAGUGAUAGAGGAGAUGCUGUAUGUACUAAAUUUGGAUGGACUCCAAGUCCUUCAUGUAGAGAAGUAGCAUGUACUUCUCCUUAUAUUCCAAAUGGUGCUUACAGACCUCAAGCCAUCCAAUACAGAACGGGAGAUGAAAUCACAUAUUACUGUAAAAGUGGCUUUUAUCCUGCAACCCAUGUAAAUAUGGCAACAUGUACUAGUACAGGCUGGCAACCUCCUCCAAGAUGUACUUUGAAGCCCUGUGAUUUUCCAGAAAUAAAACAUGGAAGUUUACACAAUGAAAAUAGAUAUAGAUCAUACUUUCCAGUAGCUAUAGGAAAAUAUUUUUACUAUUCCUGUGAUUCCAACUUUGUGACUCCUUCACAAAAUCAUUGGGAAUAUAUUACUUGCACACACAAAGGAUGGGAACCAACAGUACCAUGCCGCAGACGAUGUAUUUUCAAUUAUUUGAAAAAUGGAGAUUAUCCAAGGUAUGGACAAACAUUUCUCCAAGAUGAAUCUGUGAGAGUUAAAUGUAAUUCUGGUUACAGUCUUCCAAAUGAGCAGACUAUAAUGACAUGUACAGAGAGUGACUGGUUCCCUCCUCCAGAAUGCAUUCCUCUCAAAAGAUGUUUAAAAUCAGAUAUAACAAUCGAAAAUGGAUUUUUUUCUGAAUAUGAAUUUGCAUAUCCCUUGAAUAAAGAAACACAGUAUCAGUGUAAACCAGGAUAUGUAACACCAGAUGGUAAAACUUCAGGAUCAAUUACAUGUCUGCAAAGUGGGUGGUCACCUCAACCCUCAUGUAUUAAAUCUUGUGAUGUGCCAAUAUUGGAGAAUGCCAGAAUCAAAAGCAAUGGCACGUGGUUUAAACUCAAUGACAAGUUGGACUAUGAAUGCCAUGACGGAUUUGAAAGCAGAGAUGGGCGCACAGGUUCCAUAGUGUGUGAUAACGAUGGUUGGUCUCCUAAACCAAUAUGUUAUGAAAUAGAAUGCAAGGUUCCAGAAGUAGAAGAAUACUUAGUUCCUGAGCCCAGAAAACACAAAUAUAGAGUUGGAGACCUCUUGAAAUUCUCCUGCAGACAAAGACUUAAAAGAGUUGGACCAGACUCAGUUCAGUGUUAUCACUUUGGAUGGUCCCCUAAUCUUCCAACAUGUAAAGAGCAAACAAAACGGUGUCGGCCACCUCCUCAACUCCUCAAUGGGGAAGUUAAAGAAACAGACAAAGAAAUAUACGAACACAAUGAUUUGGUGGAAUAUGUUUGCAAUACUAGAUUUCUGAUGAAGGGUUUUAAUAAAAUUCAAUGUGUUGAUGGACAAUGGACAGACUUGCCUAUGUGUAUUGAGGUGGAGAGUACAUGUGGAGAUAUACCUGAACUUCAUUAUGGCUCUGUUGUUGAGUCUUCUGUCCCUCCCUAUCACCAUGGAGAUUCAGUAGAGUUCAAUUGCACAGAAGAAUUUACAAUGAUUGGACACAAGUCAAUUACAUGUAUUAGUGGAAUGUGGACCCCACUUCCUCAGUGCAUCGGGCUUCCUUGUGCACCACCAGAAUAUGUGGUUCUACAUAGUAUUCCACCUCGCAAAUCAGACACUUACCAGUAUGGAGAAGAAAUAGUGUAUGAAUGUGUCGAAGGUUUUGGGAUUAAUGGAUCUGCAUCUAUAAAAUGUUUAGGAGGAAAAUGGUCCCAUCCACCAAAAUGCAUAAAAACAGACUGUUUUGGCUUACCCGAUUUUGGUGAUGCCAUACCCAUAGGCCCAAUGAAGGAAUCAUAUAAGUCAGAAGAAAAAGUGACUUAUAAAUGUCCAAAAUAUUAUGAAAUCGAUGGACCCAAUUUUGUACAGUGUAUUAAGAGCCAAUGGAUAGGAAAGCCAACAUGCAAAGAUAUUUCCUGUGAGAAUCCACCCAAAGUGAAAAAUGCUAUUAUACUAAGUGAGAAGCCUACUUAUCUACCUGGUCAGAGCGCCCGUUAUGAAUGCAUCAAACCUUUUGAACUGUUUGGGGAAGUAGAAGUGAUAUGUUUAAAUGGGACCUGGACACAACCCCCUCAGUGUGCAGAUCCUAAAGGAAAAUGUGGGCCUCCUCCACCUAUUGACAAUGGAGACAUUACCUCAUUCCCAUCAUCAACAUAUGCUCCAGGAUCAUCAGUAGAGUACAAAUGCCAGUCCUUCUAUGUACUUCAGGGAUACAAGACCAUAAGAUGUAGAAAUGGACAGUGGUCAUCACCACCAAAAUGCUUAGAGGCCUGUAUAAUAUCAGAAGACACAAUGAGAACACAUAAUAUACGAUUUCGAUGGUCUUCUGAGCCAAAACUUUAUUCUAAAACGAGGGAUGUUAUUGAAUUUGAAUGUAUCCCUGGACAUUAUAAAAAGACCCCACUGCAUACAUUCCGAGCCACCUGUCGGGAAGGAAAACUGACGUAUCCUCAAUGUUGGUAAUACAGUGGUGAAGAUGCAGUCCUAAAAUUAAAAUAUGUACAUUUACUCAGAAUUUUUCAUUAUCAAUCCAAUUCUCAGUUUAUUUUGUCAAGUAUUGUGUAACUCAUUUAUAUUCAUAAAUCAGAAGUUGUAUUAAAUAUUAUGUGGAUGAUGUAAUUAUAAUCAGAGAGAUGAAUAAAUCACUUCUUAAAAGCGCCUCAUUAAAA